AAAGCCGAAGGCAGAACAGAUAGACUCAGAGAGAGCCCUGAGUCCCUAUUGCUCACUGCUGGCCUGCUGCUCUGGCAGGUCUCAACUGUGACCCGAGGAAUGGAGGCACACAGCAGCAAGUCCGGCACCAUGCCGCCGAGGAACGCUGAGGCCGUCGCCCACCCCAAACCGCCAGUUCGUCCCCCGGUCCCGCCGCCGCGGCGCAGCGAGGUGGUCCUCCCGCCGCUUGAGACGCAGCUCCACCCUCCGGGCGGCUUCCGCGCUGUGCAGCCCGUGUCCAUCAGCCUGCCAGCGUCGCCCGGCAGCUUCGGCGUGCCCACGCCCACCGCUGUGACUGCCGACUCCGGCAACCUCCGGAGGCAGGCCAUGGCGAACAGCGCGGCGCGCGGGCCACACCGCCUGGCCGCGCAGGACAAGGGGAGCAACAGCGUCCGCUUCACGCAGCCGGACAGGGAGGCCAUGAUGUUCCGGUCGCAGCCGAUCCCCGGGCCGCCGCCGGCGAGGCUGGCCAGCAGGUCCGGCCGCGCCCGCAGGACCGCCCCCAUGAACUGGGACAGGCGCUACGACUCGUUCAAGACGUGGUCCGGGAAGCUCGAGCGCCAGAUCACCCAUCUGGCCGGCGGGCCGGACGGCCUCAACGACGAGGGCGGCGAGGACGCCAGCGAUGUCAUCGGCGGCAGCCACCGCACCUGCGCCACCUCCGUGCCCGAGGUCGAUCGCUUCUACGCCGCGCUGGAAGGCCCCGAGCUGGACCAACUCAAGCCGUCGGAGGACCUGGUGCUGCCGUCGGACACGACGUGGCCAUUCCUGCUCCGGUUCCCGAUCUCGGCAUUCGGUAUCCCCAUGGGCGUGAGCAGCCAGGCGAUCCUGUGGAAGGUGAUCGCUCUCUCCGUGCCGACCACGUUCCUGCACGUGACCUCCAAGGCGAAUCUCGUGCUCUGGUGCGUCUCGGCGGCGCUCAUGCUCGCCGUCACGGCCACCUAUGCCUGCAAGUCGGCGCUCUACUUCGAGGCGGUGCGGCGCGAGUACUACCACCCCAUCAGGGUCAACUUCUUCUUCGCGCCCUGGAUCACCUGCCUCUACCUCGCCAUCGGCGUGCCGCACCACUUGACGUGGGCGGCCAGGCUGCCGCACUGGCUCUGGUACGUGCUCAUGGCGCCCCUCCUCUGCCUGGGCCUCAAGAUCUACGGCCAGUGGAUGUCCGGCGGCCAGCGGCGGCUCUCUAAGGUGGCCAACCCGUCCAACCACCUCUCGCUACUGGGCAACUUCGUCGGCGCGCAGCUCGGCGCCACCAUGGGGCUCAGGGAGGGCCCCAUCUUCUUCUUCGCCGUCGGCCUCGCGCAUUACGUGGUCCUGUUCGUGACGCUGUACCAGCGGCUGCCGACGAACGAAACGCUGCCCAAGGAGCUCCACCCGGUGUUCUUCCUCUUCGUGGCGGCGCCCAGCGUGUCGUCGGUGGCGUGGUCGAGGAUCACCGGCGAGUUCGGCUACGUCUCCAGGGUGGCGUUCUUCGUGGGGAUGUUCCUGUACGCGUCGCUGGGGGUGCGGGUCAACUUCUUCCGCGGGUUCAGGUUCUCGCUGGCGUGGUGGGCGUACACGUCCCCGAUGGCCAGCGCCGCGGCGGCCGCGAUCCGGUACUCGACGGAGGUGGACAACGCCUUCACCAAGGCGCUGUGCGUGGCGCUGUCCGCGGUGGCCACGCUCACCGUGGCGGCGCUGCUCGCCACCACCGUCGUGCACGCCUUCGUGCUCCGGAACCUGUUCCCCAACGACAUCUGCAUCGCCAUCACCGAGCGCAAGGUGAAGCCCAUCAUGGAGCUGCAGGAGAGCGACGGGAACGACAUCGAGGACACUGAGGCCGGGGCCACAGCAGCUUGAACUGAAGCACGAGUUAUUGCUCUGCUUUUCUAGUGUUUGUGGCUGGGCCACGAAAUAAUAAUUAUAAAAAAAAAUAGCGCUGCCAGCGCCUGGACGUGUGAUGAGACACUGUCCAUCACACGCUCCAACCAUCAAUUACAGCAUCA